AUUGUUUGAUUUUUAUGCCUACAGUUCUGCUGGUGCUGUCGGUUUUUUGUCGAGAGCUGCGGGAGCGCGCAUGACUCCAUGACUGAGGGAGCGCGUGCACGCGACAGAGGAAGGGAGAGUUCUUCUUUCACUGCUCCAUCCGGGAACUCUCCCGAAUUAGCAUUGACAACCGAAGCGCAACUUUUUCCCCAGGCAAAGUGAAAUCACGCCGCGCACUCGGACAAAAUAUAGUUCCACAUUUUUCAACUCAAAGACUUGGAAAUAAAGCCAUACGAUACGGAUAGGCCGUUCGGGCGUCUGCCGUGUGGAUUACGGAGUGAAUUGACGUGACUGCUGGAACCUUUAGCUCGCUUUCUGAGCACUUUUGUUUAUACUGGCGUAAAGUGGGUGAUGAGUCUUGCGGCCAGUAAAGAAGCGAGAACUUGCUGUGCAGCCCGAGUAGUUCUUGCGAUUGUUAUUGUUGCUUUUAAAAUAUUUGUAUUACGCCACAAAUAACGCGGAUCGCGUCGAAAGUGGAGGAAAAGUGCUUCUGAAGUCGGAAUAUGGAGCUACAAGGCCUUCAAGAAGCACUCAAAGUAGAAGUCCAAUGUCAUCAGAAGCUCGCUGUCAGAAGUUGUCCUGUGGGGAUGGCCGCUAAACCCCUCGCCCUCAUCAAGCCGCCCAGCCAGAGCAUCGCCAUCUCCAUGGUGCCAGCAAAGACUCCCGUUUCCAUGGUGACAGCACACAUUAACGGACAAAAAGCGUUGAGUUCUGAGACGCUCCCUACGUCCCCCGUCAACCUCCAAACACCCGCCGUACACAUCAACCGCUCACAGAUGUUGGGAGCUCUCACGGCGUUCCCGAUAAAGGUGCCUCACAUCAGCUCUCUGCAGCGACUGGCAGGACACUCACCCAGCAUGCUACCUCAGGUUAGGCCAAAGACCCUCAUUCCAGACAGCCUUCCCCACAGCCCAUGCCGAGAGCAGCAGUCCAGUCAAAUGCUGGUCGUGCCGCAGAGCAUGUCUGUGGUCAGCCCAAAAAGCCAAGGCGCAUCUUUGCCAACUGCCAACAGCACCUUCAGUCACGAGCGACUGUCCAGCGGGCAGGAACAGAGUUCCUCAUCGCCCUCGUGUGUGCCGAGUGUGUCCACGGCGUCCGCCAGCCCAGGGGUGGCGUAUGCCAUCAUCUCUGCAGCCUCGCCGGCCGCCCAUGGGGUGUCAGGAAUGACUGAGGCCAUCAAAGUGCAACCGUUGAUUUUCAGCCCAGACAGCAAGGUUAUUAUUAUUCAGCCACAGAUUCCCAGCUACUGCAAGAGUUCUCCAGAUUCACAAAAUGACAGUCCUGUGAAGGAGCCAAGCCCAGACCCCUCGACCCCAGCCAAAAAGCUGGAGGAUCCAGAGAAAAUUGCCUUCAUGGUCGGGCUAGGCCUGGUCACUACAGAACACUUGGAGGAGAUCCAGAGUAAACGGCAGGAAAGGAAAAGGAGAAGCACAGCUAACCCUGCAUACAGCGGACUGUUUGAACCAGAGCGCAAACGACUCGCUUCGAAUUACCUGAACAGUGGCAUGUUUCUGUCGGCAAGAGACUCUGAGGAGCUUUGCUGGAAGGAGGAGCUGCAGCAUGAUGAUCACUGUGCAGUGUGUAAACAGGAAGGAGAUCUUCAGCCGUGCCACACCUGUACCCGCGCCUACCACCCCGACUGCCUCAACCCACCUCUCAAAACUGCCACCCGGGGCAUCUGGAUGUGCCCUAAGUGCCAGAAGAAAGUUUUGAACAAAGAGAACUUGUCUUGGCCACAGAACUUCAUCCAGUCGUAUGUUACACAUAAAACAGUGAGAGAGGAGGAACGCAGGAAGCUAAUGAGGAGAAACACUGAGCUGAAACUUGAGUGUGAACAUCUGAGCGAAGAGGACCAGAGACUCUGCAGUUCUUUGUCUAAAUGCAUUGAGCAGAAGGAGCGUCUCCUGGGUCAGCAGCAGGAGACUCAGGCAUCCCUGGAGCGUCUCAAGACUCUGAUUCGACUCAUUCAGCGCGACCAGAUGAUUCAAGUGACUAUGACGGCCACCACCACCACCGGAGCAUCGCUGCUCUCGCUGCCGUGGAUCAAAGCCGCGGACAGCAGCACCAGCACCACAGCGCCCACUACUGGCCCCUCCGCAGGACUGCACAAAAGCGUGCUUCAGCCGCAAGGAAACAACUGACCACACAAACACAAGAUCUACGACCGAUGUGCAUUUUUCUUCUGGUAAUGUCUUACCAAAAAAAUAAUGGGAAAAUUUAAAAAAAAAAAAGAAAUAAGCGUCACUCGAUUCAUAAGUAUUUUUUAAAGCCAACCACACACAGUGCUCACAAGAUUUUUUUUUUUUUUUACCCACUGUUUUUUAAUGUAUAAUUUUUCUUGGCCUUAAUGUAUUUAUGACUAGAUUACAAUGCUGUUGCAAAUAUAUGAAAAUAAGUAUUCUACAUAGAAACAUUUCUUAUGAUGCUUUGCGUUUCUUUUUUACUGGGGUUUGGUGUGUGCGUUUCGGGGGUGGGGGGGUAAUCGUUCACAUUUGGUUACUGAGAUGGUUAGCAUAGUUAUAGUUGAAGACAAGCGACAAAUGAAACGGAGAGUUCGUUGAUAUAUCCGAAUAGAUGCUCGUUUGCAUUUUCCGAAAGAACAAAGUUUGCCAUAAUAAUUCAGGUUAAAGCGAGACAGGGAAAUGUUUUCAUUUUGUUCAUUUUGUGUGUAUUCGCGAACGUACAAACGUAAAAAAAAACCAACGACGACAACAAAAAAUAAUUUUUCAGUAUUAAUAGAGAUAAAAGAACAAAGUAUUUAAGAUAACAACAGAAUUUAGCCUUUUUAGUGAUGAAUUUAGUAUUUUCAUGCUGAUGCCUGUUAAUGAUUUCAAACUAGUAUUGGAGAGAGGGAUCGUUGUACAUAUAUGAUUUUUUUUAUUUUAUUUCGGCUGUCCCGACAACAGAAACGAAAAAGGCCAUUUGAGUUCUUUGAGUGCCUGAUCCCGGAAUCCAAAAACGUUUAUUUUGUCUCCCCGCCGUAUAAAAUAUGCCAAAAACCCUGAGUGUUUUUGUACCGUUAACUGUAUAACGUUUCCAUCUCAUCUUGCUCUCGUCCGUUUUUAUUUUUAAGUGUUGAAUCACGUUUUUAUUUACUUAUCUCACGUCACUCCAAGGAUACCACCAAGUUGCAUUAUUAAUAUUAUUUUAAACUGUUAGUGAACACUGCCUGAUGAAUAAAAAUAAA